AUGGAAACAUCAGCCAAUCCAGCACUGCGUAGGUCUGACCGGCCCUGUCUCAUCAGUGCAGCAGAUCUUUCGAGAUCUCGCUCUAUGACGCGGGACCCUUUAUUUACUGCUGCAGGAAGACUCAGGGGCGGGUCCCCCAACAAUCCGUUGCCUCCCGAUGUUACGGUUCUCAUGGCUCAACAAAUUGCAUUGCUUCAAGAACAAACUGCAUUGCUUCGUGCCCAGACUUCUGAACGACAACAGGAGGCCCGUGUGUUCCAGAGUCCGCAACAGAUCCUCGAUUCCAUUGACCCCAGUCUGCGAUCUGAGCUGCAGAAGUGGAGACAUGGUUUCCGCAAGGACUUGGGACAUUGGGCUACGCACUCCGAGCUUCAUCACAAGUACUCCAAGAUCAUCGGAAACGGUGACAUUAUGAAGCAGUUUCAAGAAGAAAGCAAUCGCAAGUGGCAGUGGCCCAAACAUUACGAAGCAAUUGCAAAGCCAGUGGGUGACAUCGAUGAGGGUUUGGAUGCCGACAUGCAGUAUGACAUCAACGCCGCAUGGCUUUCACUUCGACGCAAGCAUGCACUUGAGUGUCAAAGCUUCAUAGCCGAGCACCAAAAACGUGCAUUCGCUUUCUUCGAGGAGCGUGUGUCUCUUCAGUGGACAGAGUGGAAGACACAUAACGCCAGCUUGCUAACGUCACAUGUGAUAGCCCAGGCCGAACGCAGUUGCACACACUUUGUCGACUUGGUACUUCGCGAAGAAGUUCCCAAAGUCAGAAGCCGACUUCAGGAUGCAGAAGCCACUCGCGCUAAGCGGGAAGCAGCUGUGAUCGAAGCCGAGACAAAGUUCGAGCAGAUGGAUCCCCAACAGCUGAUCGCGAUGAUUGAGCUUGACAAGCAGGCAAUCGUGAUGAAACAAGCUGAUGGCACAAAGAUUAAAGAGGUUGUUCUAUGCAAGUCUAGUGAGCUUGCAGCAUUGAUUCGCAAAUACCCCGAAUUGGAGCAACACUUCAGCGUCAAGUUCGUGGAUCUCUUCCAAACAAGGGUAAGCCAGCUGCCCGAAGAUCACCAACUCCCUACCCUCGUAAAUCUUCGCUCACCAAAAGGGGUCGUAGUACCUCCAAGCAUUCAUCUCGCGCAUCGUCGCGGUCUUCAUCGAGGAAGUCUACUUCAAAGCCGACCUCGCGCAAGCCAUCAACAUCAUCGAGAAGAGGCUCGGCGCAUUCUUCGCAUGAAGGCAAGGGCAAAGGAAAAGGGAAAGGAAAAGGCAAAGGUGGCCGCAAGGGCAAGGCUUCCGACAAAGGACGAGGACGAGGAAAACAAGUGCGAUUCAAUGGCAGCCGUAUUUGACGGUUGCGCCCUCCCAUCCAAACUGCAUCCGACGCAAGACGAAGAUGCAGAAGCUACUGGGAUUUUUCAGUGUCAAAGAUUGACUUUCUUUCGUUUUGUAUUAGCCGUUCUUCUAGAACUUCGUUGCAGACUUUGGCUACAAGAAUUCGUGGCACUUACGUUCAUUCAUGCAUGCCAUCAACGUUCUCAGUGCCGGAUUAUGUCAAGCUGUACUUGA